AUGGCUGUGAAUCUUUCAAAUCCCACUUUCACAUUCAACCUUAAAAUUGCUCAAUUUGAUAUCCAUCCCAAAGCAUUGUAUCCAGUGUUCUUGGCUGGAGUUCUGAUCUAUGUGUUCUCUGUACUCUGUAAUGGAGCCAUUCUUGGCCUGAUAAUCACUCAGAGAAGCCUUCACAAGCCAAUGUUCUACAUCCUCUUCAGCCUCCCUCUAACUGAUUUAAUUGGAAUCACUUCUGCUCUGCCCAGGGUUCUUGUGGACAUUUUAACAGAAACAAAUGAUGUAUAUUACCCUACAUGUGUUCUUCAGGCUUUUCUGCUACAUUUGUAUGGAGGUUCAAUACCUUUUUUACUGGCAGCCAUGUCUGUAGACCGGUAUAUAGCAAUAUGCAACCCGCUCAGAUAUAAUUCUAUCAUGACUCCUUGCAAAAUAUGUGGAAUCAUAGUGCUGGCAUGGGGCGUUGACUUUGCUUUAAUACUAGUGUUGUUUUCUCUUCACUCUAGAAUGGAAAAAUGCAAGUCUUUUAUUUCCAAUGUGUACUGUGACAACCCAUCUUUGCUUUUGCUUUCAUGUGAAAGGGAUUUUACUGUGAACAAUAUUUAUGGUUUAUUUAUAACAGCAUUUAUGCAGGUGAGCAGUAUCUCUGUCCAGCUGUUCUCUUAUACGCAUAUUCUCAUCACAUGUAUAAAACAAACACAUGCUGAUUCAAAAGUUAAGGCUCUAAAUACAUGUAUAGCCCAGAUCGCUACAUUUUUCCUCUUUGAAAUAGUGACAACUGUUGCUAUAUUAUCAUAUCGGAUCCCCAGCAUCUCUUCCAGUGCUCAGAGGAUUUGUGGUUUGAUGAUUUACACAGUCCUUCCGACUGUCAAUCCAGUCAUAUAUGGAAUGAAAACUAAAGAUAUUAGAAUAGCUUUCUUUAUGGUUUGGAAAAGUCACAAAGUUAGCCCAGGUAAAAAUACGUCUGAUGUUAAAAACAGCAGAAAAUAA